AUGGAUUGUCUCACAUCCUCCGACGAGGGUCUCAUGGCUUGGGUCCCUGCCAUUGGAAAGGGUUGGCAACUGCAGACCGCGAAUCCGAGGCGGAGUCUGUACCGCUCAGCGAAGCUGCUUUCAGAUCUCCGCUUCUUUAAGUUCCUGGUGUGGCCUGCGGACCAGGUGUCCCCUGGUCUGAGGGACAGGCUACACUUCCUAUUAUCCGUCCUCUACCAUCUCAGCCUCCUUCAAAUUCACCAAUCCCGUUCAUCAUGGCAUCGAGCUCGCUCUCAGGCGCAGACGAUGGCCUUUGUCAUACCGCCGCUGUCGCCUUCGGUUCCCCAAGCCACCUGCCUGCUGGGUAUCCUUCGGCUGCGGAAUGCCUGA